GCCACCGUGUUCAAGACUUCAACAACAGGCUCCUAAUCUUAGAAAUGAAGUUCUCCAUCGGAAAAACCUCUCUUCUUCACUCUCUCUACCGUCAAAAUCAUCAAAUUCAGGUUAUUACAAUUUCAGGUUCAUCGAAUUACAUGACUAUGUCUCUGCUGCUACACAAAUGUUAUCCCCGAUUUAUCACAAAUCGGUGGCUCACUACAGGAGCCGAACCGAUUCGUUCAGAAUUUGCUGGACCUAAUGCUUACGAGCUUCUAGGUGUAUCAGAAACAAGCUCCUUUGAUGAAAUAAAAAAUUCUUUUCGUAAAUUGGCUAAGGAGACUCAUCCUGACCUUGCUCAUUCCACGCACAAUUCCUCUACUUCCAAGCGAUUCGUUGAAAUACUUGCUGCUUAUGAGAUUCUAUCCGAUUCUGAGAGGAGAGCGCAUUAUGACGAGUAUCUCUCAUUUCGGAAAGCACUUGUUCAUAUUCAUUCUAGACAAGGUUCUAAAAUGUGCAUGUAUGAAGCAUAUAGCACGGCAAUCAAGGAGAUGGAAGUUGUUGAAUGGUUGAAGUGGUAUAGACAAACAAUAAACGACAUAUUGGCUGAAAAAAGGGUAGUAUCUGGAUCAGGCUAUUUGGAUGCACUGGAAAGAGAUUUCUACUCAGCAUUACAUUUAGCAUUCUACGGCCCUGAGAUUGAGUCAGAUCUCCUUCCUGAGUUUUUUGAAGCUGAGGAGCGAUCAGUAUACGAAACAGCUGAGGUUCUGCACCUGGUUUCUGGGCGAGAUCUUUUUGGGAUGGUCUGUUUAGCAAAAAAUGUCCCUGAACUGUCACAUGCUUCUAUGGAGAGACUGGCAUCCUUAGAAGCAGAUUUGUGUCAUUCCCUUGAAAAUAUCCCCAUUAAAAUGCAUUCAGAGACGGCUGCUGCUGGUUCUGAUCAAAAGCAAUUGAGAAGUUCCAAUUACCAUACAUCAGAUGCAUACAGAGACUUAGAAUUGCAUGUUGGAGGGAGGCUUGUUGCUAUGGCAACAAGAGUUCCACCUAGGAGUAGAUAUAAUGGGAUACAGAAUGAAGGUUUUGAUGACUGCAUUCAUGUUUACCUCAGUUCACAUGAAGUCCAAAGAUUUCCCAAAAGUAACUUAAUGGACUUCGGAUUGAAGUCUGCCAUUCCACUGGGAAUGAUAACAGGGUUGGGGACCAGUCCUGAAGAAGGUUCUUGCGAUGUUUACGACAACAAUGGUGUGAAAACCCAUGAGAUUAUGAAGCAUCGAACAUUGCUGGUAAGACACAUGCACUGGUAUCAAUUAGGAGAUGAAGUAUUAACCUGUGAGUGCAGAUGCAGCAAAGCUAAGCUACCUCCGAGCAAAUUCUGGCUAUUUGAACCUCGAUGUGGCAUGCAUGACAUUGGAGGUUGGUAUGUGGAGACAUUUGGCAGAGAUAAGAAAGGCCGAAAUGUGCCAUCUCAGAGGUAUUGGGAUGGCUUGGAGGCAAAUGAUCACUUUGAGAAGAGAUUACAUCCAGCAAUGUACUUGCUUGCUCUUGCCUACAGGACUCUAGAUAUUGAACAUUCAAGGAGAAAUAAACAAAGAAUGAAGGAUCUUAUGGAGUUGAACUUAUCUAGAAUUUUCAGCUGGUGCAAGAGACUAGUCCGCUAAGGCCUAGUGACAUUCAGCUCUAUCAUAAUAUCCUUGUUCAGCCUCGGAAGUUAUUAGGAAACUGUACUUUUUUUGAUAAAGGUAACAAAUCUAUAUUCCAUUAGCACAAAGGCAGUGUUAAAAGCCAUAUUUACAAUUCUCAAAAAGAGCUGAUGAAACAGGUGAUUCACACUUCUUAAAGAAUCCUCAUAUAUAAGCUAGGGUGUUGAUUAGGAUGGCUCGUGGAUUGAUGAGUCAAACACCAUGAGGCUUGAAUACAACAGAUUUUUUUCUUAUAUGCUGCCAUUGAUUCACCAAGCACUUUGAUGCAGCUUAAACUCUUUUAACUGCCAAUGAGAUUGCUGUGCUGCUGCAUUUCCCAGUCUCUUAUUUUUGGUGCCAUGACCUAAUGUGAUAGUAUGUAAGGUGACUCCAGUCAGCUCACUAAGGAAGUUGACCUCAGUAUUCCUUCACAGUCUAUAUUGGUUACUGGAUGGAGUAAAUUGAAUUGCUGAAGCACCAUCAAGAAUGAUACCCCGUUAGUGUGAAGAACUACAGCUUAAUGCCUUUGGCUUGGUCUUCGGUGACACAACAUAAUGUUAAACUAUGCUGAUCCUCAUAUCUUGAAAGCCAUAUUUGGAUCAUAACAUUAUGUCCCUGAAAAGGCAUUUGAUGCCUUAUGUAGAAACCGAGUAACACCUCAAGCCAAAGGAGUGAAGCAUUGAGAUUUCGGGGAGAAGCAAUGGUGUUAACACAGAUGAUAGCUAUUACAAUUCUCGGGUGCUGGCUUGCAUUGCAGGGAGAAUUUUGGUCAGAUGAUUGAUGUGCACUUGCUGUAUACUCACUAUGAUUCUUGUACUUUUAUUCUUGUCAUACAGUUUAGCUGAUUUAUAGAACAUCAAAUAGUUCUCUAUGAAAAAUAACACAGUAGUUAGUUACUGGUUUAGUAUAUCUGAGUUAUAUUUACACAAAUCUUGUAAACAGUUGACGACCAUUUACAGUGGUUUUCUUAACAUUUUAUUUAAGUAGGUCUCCCAUUUUCAAUACUG